AUGUUGAGGUCGCUCAGUUUUAUCCGAAUUACCAGAUUUUCAUCUGUACGAUGUUUUUCUGCAGUUCGUCCCGAUGUUGUGAGAGAAAUUCCUGCCCAGGUUGAAGUUGAUGGUGUUUGUUAUCAAACGGACGAUUGGUAUAACCUUACUAGGCCUAUCCACAGGCUAUUGGAGGUAACGUUUUACUUUCGGCAAUUUUUGAUUUAGAGACGCACUUUAUCUUUCGCGAUCAAAUGUUGGUAUUGAUGAGGGAAGCUUAAGAUUUGAUGUGAAAGUUGGCUAAAACAAUGUUUUUCCAGAGGAAAAUCCUCACUGACCCUCAGAACCCUUUAAGCCUGCUGAAGCAACGCAUUGUCGACCAUUUCCACAGGAAUCACCGACGGGCCAAUCACAGGACACCAGUUUUUGCUGUUUGUGACUCCGAAAACCGCGUUGUUUCUACUUUCGACAACUUUGAUAGUCUCUUAAUUCCCGAGGAUCAUGUCAGUCGGAGGCCUGCGGACACAUAUUAUGUGAAUAAGGACACCUGUCUGCGUGCUCACACCAGUGCCCACCAAUUUUCUUUGAUUCGCAAAGGAUUAGAUGCCUUCUUGGCGGUCGGAGACGUUUAUCGACGGGAUGAAAUUGACAGGACACAUUAUCCUUGUUUUCAUCAGAUGGAAGGUGAGUUUUUCUUUGUUUUUUAUUGGAUUUUUCGAUUUUUAGGAGUCAGAUUGUUCAGCCAGGAUGAGCUUUUUGGUCGACACAUCAAAUCAGAUUCCCAGGUCUUCGAGAACGGUGAGCAAACUCCGGAGAAACAGGCUGGUCAUUCGAGAGACACUGCUCUAGCACUUCAAGUUCAUCUGAAACAGUCGUUGGAAGCAUUAGCUCGCGAAUUAUUUGGACAAGAAGCCGAGAUGCGAUGGGUUGAUGCCUAUUUCCCUUUUACUCAUCCAAGUUUCGAAUUGGAAGUGAUAUUUGAUGGGAAAUGGGUGGAAGUUUUGGGCUGUGGAGUGAUGCAGCAAGAUCUACUGAGGAAUGCUGGCGCCGGAGACAAGGUUGGAUGGGCCUUUGGACUUGGAUUGGAGAGGUUGGCCAUGAUUCUGUAUGGAAUCCCGGAUAUUCGAUUGUUUUGGACCACCGAUUCGGGAUUCACCCAUCAGUUUGCGAAGUUGAAGCCCAAUGAUAAUAUAAAGUAAGUUGUUGAUAGUUUUUUGCAUAUCUUUGGUCUUGUUUUGUGUGAAUUUACCAAAAAAGUUGGUUGGGAAAAAAGAUAGAGAGAAAAAAGAGAACGAGGCGGUGUGUUUGCAUGGCGCAGCGGUUGGUCUUCCGCUUUUCAUAUGGAAAGUCGGGGGUUCGAACCCCGGCGUCGUCAGUGAUGUUGAAUAACUGUUGUAAUGAGUCCGAGUCACAAGUGGGGACAAUUUUCAUUCCUGAGACUACUUUUACAAUUUGCUUUUUUGCUCUAUUGCUCCUAUAUUGUCGAAAAUAAACAUUUUUUAACAUUAUCUUUUUUAGAUACAAGCCGAUCAGUUCAUUCCCCCAAGCUCAUCGCGACAUUUCUUUCUUCUUGGCCCCAGGCGUCGAGUUCCAUGACAUGCGAUCGGAUUCAUUCGACAUUAUCCGUGAUGUGGGCGGAGACUUGGUGGAACAAGUGGACCUCAUCGAUGAAUUUGAAAACAAAAAGAAGGGCAAAAAAUCGCAGACAUUUCGAAUUGUUUACCGCUCGAAUGACCGGAUCAUGACAAGAGAAGAAGUAAAUGAAAUACAUAAAAAUGUUGAGGAGACGCUGGUAAAACUUCAUGGAGUUCAAAUACGAUGAGGAUUUUAUUAUAUCGAUUACCAUUAGGACGUUGUUGAUUUUUGAUUGUUUGGUAAAAAAAAUUUAAAUUUCGGUGAGACCAUGAGAAUUUAUGAUUCGAAUUUUAUUUGAAAUGACUUAUUUAUAGUGUCCUAAAAUAAUUUUUAUAACUAACGAUCUUCCAAAAUAGAGAUUAGUUUAUUUUUGAUACGUUUUCAAAUGACGGAUUUCUACAAAUUUUAGUCAUAAAUCAGAGGUAUUUCCAGUUGAUUUUUAGCCAAAAUCCAGGAAAAGAACGAGACUCCAAACUUCACAGACGAAUGGACAGCUGUUGGCCAGAGGUCAGUGCGCUCUGCACGGUUUCCCUGUUGAAAAGAAAAGCGAAGAAGAGAGAUAUGAAUAA